AUGGCUCCACUGUUCUCAUUUCCUGGAGGAAACCAUGUCAUAACUUGUAUCCUGCUUCUGCUGUUGCCAGCAGCAUGUCUGCAAGCUGGGAACUCAGAAGGAUCCAACAGAGAAAGACCCUUGGGGGUCAAUCAACCAGCACAACUCUCUGGUGUCCAGGGCGGCUCCAUCGAGAUCCCCUUCUCCUUCUACUUCCCCUGGGAGUUGGCCAACGAUCCACAGAUGAGGAUUCUCUGGAGAUGGAAGGGCUUCCAUGAGGAAUUUAUCUACAACACCUCCUCGCGUUUCAUACAUGAGCAUUUCAAGAACCGGCUGGUCCUGAACUGGACACAGCCUCAGACAUCUGGAGUCCUCAGAAUCCAGGACCUGAAGAAGACGGACCAGACAGUGUACUUCUGCCGAGUUUGUAUGAUCACAAGAGGAGGCAAGGAGGAAUGUAUUCAGUCGAUUCCUGGGACCCAACUCACCAUCACCCAAGCUGUCAGAACCACCAUGCAGAGCCCCUCCAUUGUCACCUCUGCAGUCACCACAGUUGGCCUGGAGGACACAGAGGGCCAGAGGAACCCUUCACUUGUGAACCUGGGAGGCACGGUCGGGGUGGUGGUGGGCACGGCUGUGCUCAUAACCCCCGUCUGUGUGUUGAUGGUCGUCCUCUGCUGGAAGCAAAGGCCAGCAGACUGA